UACUAAACCUACAGUCAUGAAACAAUUAUAGAAGACAUUUUUUUAGCCAGUGAAGUUUUGCAGCGGUGUUUUCUUUUGGAUUUUACUUAGCUAUGCCAGAUGUAUGGUCCUUCACUAAGUAAAAAAUACACAUAAUUAAAGCUCUUAACAGUUUGUAUUUCUAACAUCAUUAGUAGUAUACAUAUAAUCUUGAGUCUACAGUGACAGGAUUAGGUGGGCAGGGGCACCUGUGUCCUAAUGGCAUGCAUAUAGUUUAAAUUAUCACAAUAAAUAUCACUCUUUAACAGACAGGAAGUGUUUUGUUGUAAUACAGUUGGUUUAAAUACCAAGUACUGUACAUAACACAAAUGGUCUUUAAAUACUAAGUUCAUGAAAAAACUUCUCAUAUAAAGCUGGGAAGAAGUUUAUCAUUGCUCCAGUAUUAAGCUUUAGAAAAAAAUUGUCUUAUAAACAUGAUAAAUUAUUGUUUUCUAUUUCUUAUUGUAUGUGUUGGCUUAAGCAGAUUUGAUUGUUAUUGCACAUUUUUUCAAAUAUAUGCUUUCUUUAGGAUUUCCGAAUGUCUUGGGAGCAAUUGACUGUACCCAUGUAAAAAUACAAGCACCUACAGACAAUGAAGGUGAUUAUGUCAAUCGGAAAGGAUAUCACUCGAUUAAUGUGCAGAUGGUAUGUGAUGCUGACUACCAAUUUACCAACUGUGUUGCUGAAUGGCCCGGCUGUGUUCAUGAUGCAAGAGUGUUUCGCAAUAGUAGGCUGAGAGAUGCAAUGGAAAAUGGACAGUAUAAUGGUCUUCUGGUCGGAGACUCAGCCUAUCCUUGCAGACCUUUCCUUAUGACGCCGUUCAACCAGCCAGCCAGUGAAAAAGAAAGAAGAUUCAACAAUUCUCUUUGUCGAGCACGUGUUUUAAUAGAGCAAAGUUUUGGAAUUUUGAAGAGACGGUUUCCUUGUCUUCAGGUUGGUUUACGUAUGUCACCAGAGAGAGCAGCACUUGUAACAUUGGCUUGUGUUGUCCUCCAUAACAUUGCAAUGUUGUUGAAUGAGCCACUGGAUGACAGUACUGAUGAGCCAGACCUUGGAAAUGAUGCCAGUAAUGUCUUGCUUCCAGACCGUAAUGAUGGGACAGGCAUUCGCCGCCAUUUGUGUGAAAAUUAUUUUUAAGCAUAUGAUGAAUUAUGUACUAAAGGCAGUCUGAUAGACAGUUAAAUCCCCUGCCACUGUUAUGGAUAGAGAAGCUUCAAAAGGUAAACCUUUGGCCUUGAACUGACAUGGCUGACUCAUGAAUUAUGCACAUUGCUUUUAUGACGUGAUCAUUUGACCCAAGUUUAAUGAAAAUUCUUCAAGUGGU